AUGGACAUCCUCAAAGUGCAAGACACGAGGCCUGGACAUCACAGACAACAGAAGGUCAGGAGGUCUCUGGGAAACAAAAAGUCUAAACAAUUUGAGGAGGUGGAAACUACUGUCCUAGGACUGAACAGUACCUAUGAUGAGACAGUCAGCAGCGUUUCUUCUGCCUCACCAAAGAGUCAAGUGAACAGAAGUGCAGCAUCCAGAAGCAAGCGGACCAUUCGCAGGCCUGCUUACUGGUUGGAAAUGAGAGGAAUAAAAAACAGCAUUAACAAGUCUUCAGAAAAAAAAGAAGUACUAUUGAAAGGCAAGAGGAAAUCUGAGCAAGGGGAAGGCGAAGAUCUUAAAGUCUCUCCCAAGAAGAAGCAGAAGAUUUCGGGAAAAAACCAGCAAGCUGGAACACAACAGAACUCCAAAACGAAAGGCCACUGUGUUCAGAAAGAACCAGGAACUUAUGGCACAGGUAGUAUGGAAGAGCAAUGGUCUUUGGAAAUUCAGGACAAAGGCCGAGUUACCUGUCCAACAUGCCGGGCUGUGGUGAGAAAGACUGUAGAAGGACUGAAGAAACAUAUGGUAAAUUGCAGGCAGGAAAUGUUCACGUGUCAUCACUGUGGGAAGCAGCUGAAGUCUUUAGGGGGUAUGAAAUACCACGUCAUGGCAGACCAUAACAAUCAGCCAGUUGUGAAGGAGGGAGGAGAACUGGAUGAGCAGCUUGAGCGAGACCGCCUUCGGAAGGUUUUGAAGCGUAUCAGAAAGCUAAAGUGUACGAGGGAGGGCUGCACAGGCAGCUUCACUAGCAUAAAUGGAUACCUAUAUCAUGUUAAAAAAUGUGGGAAGGCUGCUUCUGAGCUGGAGAAAAUGGCUAUGAAGUGCCAUCACUGUGGAAAAGCAUACAAAUCAAAGGCAGGACUUGUCUACCAUCUCCGAUCCAAGCAUGGGCUGGUCACUUUCCUCCAUGAGCAGAGAAGAACAGAGAGCCUGAAGGAAAUAAAACGGGAGCCAAAUAACACAGGCAGAGUUCAGAGGAGAUCUGCAAAGGUGGCGAUCUAUUAUCUCCAUGAGCUAGCUGGAGAAGAGCUGGCCAAGGAGUGGCCCAAGAGGAAAGUUCUGCAGGACCUGAUUCCAGAUGACCGGAAGCUGAAAUAUACUCGUCCUGGACUGCCCACAUUUAGUCAGGAUGUGCUGUGCAAAUGGAAAACGGAGAUAAAGAUGUACCGAAGAGUCCACUGCCCAAAUCAGGGUUGUGAAUCUGUAUAUGGCAGUGUCUCAGGACUCAAAUCUCACCUCGGCACGUGUACCUUGGGAGACUUUGUGGCUGGUAAAUACAAGUGUCUCCUGUGUGAGAAGGAGUUCAUUUCAGAGAGUGGGGUCAAGUAUCACAUCAACUCUGUGCAUGCUGAGGACUGGUUUGAUGUGAACACAACUACCACCAAAAGCUUUGAGAAGCUAAUGAAAAUCCGUCAAAGAGAAGAGCAGAGGAAGCAACAGAAGAAACGUCCUUUGACACGGGGCAAAAAGAAGAGAACUGGGACCCUGGCUGCCAAGAAGCUCUCCACUGCUGGAGUUGAAAAAAUGAGGAGAAGUAAAAGAGGUCGUCCACAGCGGGUGGACAAUGAGAGCGCGAGUAGUGAGGAGGGGGAGCCCCAGGUUGCACAGAGAACCGAAUUUCCAAAAACCAGCCGCAAGCGAGGCCGGAGUAAAUCCCUAGUAGAAGAGAAGGAGUAAUCCUAAAACUUUUCAGUUACAAGCCCCACUUCUGUCAGGCUCAUAACCCACAGCACUAAUAUAAGCCACUGAAUGUCUUUGGGACUGUGACUCCAUUCUAUUUGGUGACCUUGAUUUUGAAGCUGUUGCCUCUGUUCAGUUGUGAGAGACUUCAAACCAAAGCUGUGGUACAGAGGCUGCCUCUCCUGGUGUAGUUCCCUUGGACAGUGGCACUAGCGGUGUACCCAGCGUAGUUCCUGCUCUGAUUACAGUCUCAGUUUGGGUCACAUUAGUUGCUUGUUUAGUGGUUUCCAGUACAGCAGCUGUCUGUUCUGUCAUCCUCUGAUGGGUGAGAUCAGGGUUCUUUUAUAGUAGUUCUCCCUAUAAGGGACUGACUAGCACAGUGCUUAGGUCUCUUUAAGGGGGGAAUCCUUUCUUGCACAGUAUGCACACAAACUAAGCAGUGCUGUGCAGAGCACAAAGGCUGUAACUGCCCUGGAACGGUUCUGCCUGUUGUCAGCAAGGCUGCCACGGAAGAGCAAAUACCUUCCUAGCUUGUGCUCCAGUCUGUUGCACAAGGUGCUGUCUCUACUUCAUAUGUUGAUGUUUAGGCUCAGCACCAGCAGUAGUGCCUGAGCUCUGGUCUGCGUGGAAGUGAUGGGACAUCAUUAUUACCUUUGUCAGCAACCCGCCAUUCCCCCAGCAUCUGUAUUCUGUAGCACUGGGCAUUGAAUGUAUGUAGAGGGUCUUCCAGUCCAGUGAGGAACAAAUACUCUCCAGCCUUUUGGAGAUUCACUGGCCUUUCAGAGACCCCCUGUAACCAAUGUAAUAAGAUGGCCUUUGUGAGACCUCUGAAGACCACUUGUUUCAGACUCAUGUGGGAAACAAACUUACUGCAAGACAGCGCAUAUACCUACAGUAGCAGUCUUGCUAAUGCUGGAACCCAUGUUCCACUGAACUGCCUUGCCAGUGUGUUUGUUGCUCUUUGUCCUGCCCACGCUCCCAUAGUGUCCUUUUCUUCUGCACGGUAGAUGCUGCCUGCGUUGUCUUCUAUCACCUGUUUCUUUUCAUUACUGCUUCCUCUGCGUGAAUGAGGUGUAUUAGCAGUGACUUCCCUGUGUGGAAAAGGUUAGAAGAAGAGGGUUCAUUAUUUUAAGUCACGUGUUAGCAUGAACUCUGGAUCAUAGGGAAUAUCUCCCUGUGCUCCAUAAAUCAUAGAAUCAUAGAAUCGCUUUGGUUGGAAAAGACCUUUGAGAUCAUAGAGUCCAACCUUUAACCUAACCCUGCCAUCCCACCACUAAACCCUGUCCCUAAAAUGCAGCAGAUGUCAUAGAAGCUAGUAAGAAGCAGCAGCACAGGUGAUCCUACUCUGUCUUUCUGAGCACAGGUUCUCCAGAAUUUCUGUUAUCCAAAGACCCACUGUACCAGGAAUUUGCAAAAUUUGACCUUUUCCUUGGAGUUUUGCUGGCAAGAAAAUAGACAGCUGGCUCCAUGUUACCUCCCUGUGAAUUUUCACUAAAUUGCUGGUGCUGAAAUUCACAGGGAAGCCAUUGCCGUGCCUGGUGAACAGGUGGGUUUAUACGUAUGUGUUAUUACCCGAAUAACCACAUUGGCCCUGACAGUGGGAAGUGCUGUACGGCUGGGGGGUUCUCAAGAACUGCCUCUCCCAUCCACAAAGCAAAGCCAACCCCAGCUGAGCCUGGUCUGUCUCUCAUGGGGAUUACACCUGUAUAGUAGUGAGGCAGCACACAGUGCUCUGUUGUGAUUUACAUCAGUAGUUACACUGCUGUGGUGCAGUGCUGUGCUGAAAGUAUAAACACGUGGACUUCUGUGCAGGGGGUAUCAGGUUUUCAGUAAGAGGGGCAAGAUCAGAAGACGACAAAAUAAAAUGUCACCAGUGCAAGAAUGUGAUUUCUUGUCUGGUGUGUAAUGUUCUUGGUACUACCCCUAUUUGCACCACACACCCCAGCCUGCCCACGUGGUUGUCCUGCAUGCUCUGGUGCUGUUCAGUUGUCUGCACCAUUUCUCCUCCGUACUCCACUCUACACAGCUGUACUUUGACCACACAUGUUUACUACCUUCCUGCCCUGUUGCCUGAUGGGCAACAUGAUAAACCCAUAAAUUAAAGGUUUUUCUUAGUGGAUUUCAAUCUAGAGUCCUAUUUGCUGUCAUUUUUGAGUUACUAACCAGACCUGCUUUCUGGACAUGGAUAAGUCGUGACCACCUGGAUUUUGUAGAGUUACACCAAUAACAUAUUUCCCCACAUAACAUGGGAUGUGGAAGAAAAUCGUUAUCCAAGAGGCCAUUCAUGCUCUAUCAGCAUUACAGCAGGUCGAUUGGCUCAAGCUGGUAAGAGUCGGUGGCACUGCUGCACCAGGACAGGCCACUGCUUUUGAGGAGUGUGGUCUGUUCAAGAGCACCUGCAUCUUUCUGUAGAUGGACUGAGGCAGGCUACCUAGUGUGACUGCAGCAAUGCUCUACUGCUCUAAGGGCAUAGGAAAAAUUCAGCCUCAAGGGAGGUAUUUUAAUGGGGGAAUUCACAACUUCAUGUGUAUCCAGGGCUGUAAAUAACAUAUGAAACCAGCUAAUUGUGCUACAGCCUACCGUGCAAAGAUUCACUGUUCAAGCACCCAUGUCUCUACUGUUCAAUGCUUUGUUAAGAGUUCAGUUAGCUUCACAUUUUGCAAAUCCAGGUCAAAAUUCUACCCUAUAGAAUCAUAGAAUGGUUUGGGUUGGAAGAGAUCUUUAAAGACCAUCUAGUCCACCCCCCUUGCCAGAG